CAGAGCCACCAUUUUCCUUCUUCGGUAGUCUGGGUUUUUUUUCUUCCGGCGACGGCGUUUACUUCCAGGCCGCCAAGAUGGUCGACCGCCGUCGUCUACUCCUUACCCUCCUCUUCUUCAGCCUCUUGGCUUUUUCUGAGUCCCGCAAGUUCAACCAAUUCCACCGGAAGAAAAAAAUCGAUGGCCCCAUCAAAACUUUAGUGGUUGUAGUAAUGGAAAACCGUUCCUUCGAUCAUAUUUUAGGCUGGCUAAAAAAAACUCGGCCGGACAUCGAUGGUCUGACCGGAAAAGAGUCGAACCGUUUCUCGGCUUCUGACCCUAAUUCGGACGAAGUAUUCGUCUCCGACGACGCUAUAUUCGUCGACUCCGAUCCCGGUCACUCGUUCCAAGCGAUUCGAGAGCAGAUUUUUGGUUCGGAGGACGUUUCCGCCAACCCAGUUCCCAUGAAUGGCUUUGUUCAAGAAGCAGCAAGUAUGGGCGACCACAUGCCGAAGACGGUUAUGAGUGGUUUUAAGCCCGAGGUUGUGCCGAUUUACACCGCUUUGGUGAACGAGUUCGCCGUGUUUGAUCGGUGGUUUGCCUCUGUGCCCACUUCGACUCAACCCAAUCGUCUUUACGUUCACUCGGCCACUUCUCAUGGCCUUCAGAGCAACGUACGGAAGGACCUUAUCCAUGGUUUCCCUCAGAAGACUAUUUUCGAUUCGAUUGAAGAGAAUGGGCUUAGCUUUGGGAUUUAUUACCAGAAUAUCCCUGCAACUCUCUUCUUGAAUAGCUUGAGGAAGCUGAAACACGUGAUUAAGUUCCACAGUUACAGUUUGAAGUUCAAAUUACAUGCCAUGAUGGGUAAGCUUCCUAAUUAUGUGUUGAUCGAGCAGAGGUACUUCGAUGUGAAUGUGGACCCUGCAAACGAUGAUCAUCCAUCGCAUGACGUUGCGCUUGGGCAGAAGUUUGUGAAGGAGGUGUAUGAGACAUUGAGGAAGAGCCCGCAAUGGAACGAAACGGCGCUAUUGAUCACCUAUGACGAGCAUGGUGGGUUCUAUGAUCACGUGCCCACGCCGGUUGCUGGUGUUCCCAGCCCUGAUGGGAUUAUUGGGCCUGAACCAUUCUACUUCAGGUUCGAUAGGUUGGGUGUUCGAGUUCCGACGAUACUAAUCUCACCCUGGAUAGAAAAAGGGCUAGUGAUUCAUGAGCCUACUGGGCCAACUCAAUAUUCACAAUAUGAACAUUCUUCUAUUCCUGCAACUGUAAAGAAGCUCUUCAACCUGAAAUCAAAUUUCCUGACAAAGAGAGAUGCAUGGGCUGGGACAUUUGAGAACUACUUCUACCUCCGUGACACUCCCCGCACUGAUUGUCCAGAAAAGUUGCCGGAGGUCACGACUUCGCUGAGGCCACAUGGACCGCAUGAAGACAAAAGCCUUUCGGAGUUCCAGUUGGAGUUGAUUCAGCUUGCAUCCCAACUGAAUGGAGAUCACGUUCUCGGUUCUUAUCCAGACAUAGGCAAAAGCAUGACGGUGGUCGAAGCCAACCGGUAUGCUGAGGAUGCAGUGGCUAGGUUUUUGGAAGCUGGAAGAGCUGCCUUAAGGGCUGGAGCUAAUGAGUCUGCCAUUGUUACCAUGAAACCUUCCCUCACAAGCCGAACAACUGGAGGAGUCUAUGGGUCACAGGUUCAAAGUCAUUGACUACCCCAUGAUGAUUAUCUUCAGUAAUUUAUUGUAAAUAUGAUAUGUAAGUUCACAAACACUUCUGUAUUUCUGUAUUUUUGUAUUAUAUAUGAAAAUUGUUCUACUUCUGCGAUUGCUAUAGAAUAAAAUGGUUGGACUGGUGGCCAGCCUCUUAUGGAA